AUGAUAGAAAGUGAUAUCCCGUCCAUAAUGUCAGGAAUCCUUAGGAAUUCAGGGCAAACCCACCACCCUUCACAGGAGUACAGACUCUUAGCUUCUGACCCCUCCCAGCUGAGCGAAGAUGACCUCCCCAGUGACUUACAGUCCUUGUCGUGGCUGACAUCUGUUGAUGUUCCUCGGUUACAACAGAUGGCCAGUGGAAGAAUGGAUUUUAGCCUUGGUGCCCAGAAUGCAAUGCUACAGCAGACAGGUCCUGUAGCAAGCAAUAUGCACUCGACAGGAGCACCUGGAGCAAUGAUUCAUGUCCAGGCCAGCCUGCCACAGGGAAUCCUGGGACUGAAUUCUAUUUCAACACACGGAGCAAAUAUGAGCCAGUAUGCUGUAGGUGGGCAGCCAUCUCCUAGUUUACAAACGCAGCAACAACUCUUUCCUCCUCCUCAUUCACAGCAAGUGUUUGCCCUAGCACAGAACACACAACAGUGUAACCCAGCAGCAAUCUACAACACAUCCUAUGGGACCCAGCCACACUAUUCUCAGCCACGCCUGGCUCCUCACUCUGCCCAAGAAAUGCAUCCAAAGCAUUACCCCAAGCCAAUCUAUUCCUAUAGUUGCUUGAUUGCAAUGGCGCUGAAGAACAGCAAAACAGGCAGUCUCCCAGUGAGUGAGAUCUACAUCUACUUCAAGACAGCCCCUGAUGGCUGGAAGAACUCUGUGCGCCACAACCUUUCCCUGAAUAAGUGUUUUGAGAAGGUGGAGAACAAGAUGAGUGGCACCUCUCGCAAAGGGUGCCUGUGGGCUCUCAAUCCUGCCAAGAUCGACAAGAUGGAAGAGGAGAUGCAGAAGUGGAAACGGAAGGACCUAGCUGCUAUUCACAGGAGCAUGGCUAAUCCAGAGGAGCUAGACAAGCUGAUCACCGACAGACCUGAGAACUGCAGGCGGCCCGGCAAACAGGCAGAGUCGGAGGUCUCUGCCCUGAACCCCAUGACAGCAGCCCAAGGCCGAAUCUCCAUCUCCCAGCUGCAGCCUCAGCCGAUCAUGACGCUCUCGCUGCAGUCCAUCCCCCUCCAUCACCAGAUCCAGACCCAGGCUCGCAUCGCCCCAGACUCACCAGCGCCUGCACAAACACCUCCUCUCCAUACUCUACCUGACAUGAGCCACAGCCCUCUUCCCCACCAUCCCGUGGGCCGCGCGCCUCCGGACUUCCUGAACAUGACAGCAGACAUGAACACGGAGGUGGAUGCUCUUGACCCAAGCAUUAUGGAUUUCGCAUUGCAAGGUAACAUAUGGGAGGAAAUGAAAGACGACAGCUUCAGCCUUGAUACCCUGGGUGCCUUCAGCAACUCCCCGCUCCACCUCUCGGACUGUGACCUGGGCACCCCUGGCCUCACCCCCGUCUCCAGUGGCAGCGAUCACUCCUUCUCAGACCUGCAGGUCACCGGCCUUUACACCAUUUUUUUGGACAACGUAGCGGCAGCUCAGUACAUGAACCCCCAAGGCAACAAACCCAUCGCUCUGCUCUAAGUUUUGCACCGUUCCAUGGACCUCUGACUCAGGGGCCAGGUUCUCUCAACUGUUAAAAUCCAACCUGAAAGCAAUAAAAGAGCUCCUCCUGCAGAC